UUUGACAUGCGCUUUUCACAGUCUUCUCCUGGCUUUUAGUACAGAAGUCUGCAUUUUCUUCUCUGUGAAAUUCCCGAGAUUUCCUCCAAGUUGCCGUGAUGUCGCUGUCGCCAGGAGCCAAGGAGCGUCUCAGUCUUGUGUUUGGCGUUGUGAAAACAGUGUUCCAUUGGGGAUUCAUCCCAGGAGUUCUGUAUCUCGGCUUCACGAAAGGGUCAGAAGCUGGUGGUCCUCCACUCACAUUCAUGAGCCUCCUGUGGCAAUAGACUGUUCGCUUGAUGAGGAAAUUCGGCCAAAUGAGAGAUUCACAGAACCCAUCUGUUUCCACCUUGGGAGAACCUCUGGGCACGAUGGAUAGACUUUUCCACCAAGUCCGCCUCAUCAUCAAUCUUUCCUGAACACAUACAUGGAGUAAAUACAGUGUUUUGUUU